AAAGAGCCUCAACUAUUUGAACCAGAAUCAGAUAUGGAAGAGGAAUGGAUAAUCAAGCAUGAGAAACAAUUGAUGGAAAAAGAACAUUUGGCAAUUAUGAAAAAAUUCAAAAGAGAUAAUGACUUGUUAAAAAUAUUGGCAAUCAAAGAAGGGAAACCACAUAAGCCUGAAGACUAUCUUAAACAAUUAUUAAAGGACAUCAACGAAAAAGAGAGUGAGUUGAAGAAUGAAUGGAAAUCUGGCAAAAUCAAUCCUAAAAAAGGACAAACAAGUGAAAAACUCUGGAUCCAAAUAGAAAACUUGGCAGAAUGUAUCAAAACCACCAAAUUGUUGAAAAAUGAUAAAGAAGACAAUAUGGCAACUGCACUG